ACUGUUUUUCCCGGAAAUUUAAAAUGGAGGAUUGGGACUUUACUCGGAAACAUAUCAUUGAUAACAUUCCCUCUCGCAGAGGAAUAACAGAGUGCAAUUAUGGUGGAAAAAGCUGUAUUUUCAUUAGAGGGAUCAAGACAAAUGUCAUAACCAUAAAACGUCACGAUGCCAGUGAUAUUCGCAUUCUGAUAAUACAGCAGUCUGAAAUUUCACAAUUCACCCAACAGUUAUCGAGGUUUAAGCAUGCGCAAAUACUUAUCCUUAAUCAAAUGUCAUUGAAUUUGUUUCCAAUCUGCAUCUCUUCUUUCAGACAUCUUUCAUUGCUGGAUAUUUCGAACAAUUGUUUGAGCAGUGUACCUGAGGAUAUCGUUUACUUGACGUCGCUUACGCUGCUUAAUGUUUCGAAAAAUUGUCUGGUGGAUAUCACUGCUAUAUGCGAAUUAUCACAAUUACAGUCUCUUGAUGUAACUGAAAAUAAGUUAACUGAACUCCCACGUUCAUUUUGGAAGCUUGGAAGAUUAAAAACUUUUUCUUGUUCAUUCAACGAAAUUGUCUGUCUUCCGGAGGAGAUUGGGUGUCUAGAAGUUCUCACGGCUUUACGUAUAACGAAUAACAAACUUUCGACCCUUCCUCGCUCUUUCUCGAAUCUAACCGGUUUACUACUUUUGCAACUUGAUGGAAAUGUUUUUGAUCAUAUUCCUCUGCAAAUUUUUGGUUGUAUCUCUUUGUUAGAACUGAGUUUAUCUCAUAAUAUAAUAGAGGGCAGUAUUCCAGCUAAAAUAUGCUCACUGGUUAAUUUGCGUACUUUGAAUUUAGCAUACAAUAGAGUAAUUGAUUUUCCAGUAGAAUUAGAAAAGCUAGAAUCUUUGGAGUACUUAGAUAUUAGUGGUAAUCCAGUGGAAUUCUCCACAAUUUCGUUUGGAAAACUCAUUCAAAUUCAGCAACUUUCUGCAUCGAAAUGUGGUUUAUCAUUUGUUCCUGAUGAUCUUAGUUUGUGUUCGAAUCUUGUUAUUCUUGAUCUUAGCGAAAACGGUAUAGGGAAACUGGCUAACGAAAGUCUCAGUUUUCCUCAGUUAACUUCUUUGUGUCUAGCGUUUAAUAUUAUUUCCACUCUACCACUUUCAAUCUGCGAACUCAACAAUCUGGUAGUUUUGGAGUUACAGUUUAACAAAUUAAGUUCGCUUCCAGAGGAUUUUGAGAGAUUGUCAAACACACUUCGCCAGUUAGAUCUUGGUCAUAAUGAAUUUGAGGUCAUUCCUAUGUCCCUGUUCUGUAGAAGAAGCCGUUUGUCGUAUUUGUGUUUGGACGCUAAUCCUAUUUCAGAAGUUCCAAAUGAAAUAAACAACCUCAAGGAACUUACUCAUUUAUCUAUAUCAGACUGCAGGCGACUGAAGUCUUUGCCUGAAGGCUUAGGAUCGUGUACGAAUCUUUGUACACUUAAAGUUUCCAAAAAUAAGUUAUCGUCUCUUCCAAAAACUCUAUCUAAGUUGGAAUCACUCAAGUAUUUGAAUCUCUCAGAUAAUGACUUCAACCAUUUUCCGUUGGUUGUUUGCUUUAUACCGAGACUUCGUGUGCUUCUCUAUGAUCAAACGGAAGGCAGACCACUGCUACCUCCAGAAUGUCUUAAUGGAUGGUAUCAAAAAAGCCUACUACUUUAUCCUGAAAUAAAAGACUCAUUUGAUUCAGAAUACGAAAGUAAUUUCGAGGAAAAUGUAGGAGCUGUUUUACUGAAAAAUACGUUGUCAGAAACAUCAGCUGCCAAAGGUUUGCCAUCAAUGAUUGGAAAUCUUACACAUCUGGUUCAUUUAUCCCUUCAAUCAAAUGGGUUGUAUAUGUUACCUGACGUAUUUCAUAAUAUGAUGUUACGGCGACUAAACGUCAGUCAUAAUCGUCUGCGAUGUAUACCUCCAAAUUUACACAGGUCCAAGUAUUUAACACAUUUAUAUCUGCACAAUAACAACAUUGACUACCUGGAUCAAAACAUUCGAAGCUUGAGAACCCUGAAAAUAUUGACUCUUGAUCAGAAUCCACUUUUGUAUCCUCCAGUGGAAGUUGGUGAAGAAAGGGUUUUUUCAGUGUACUCUUACCUAACAAACUACAAAACGUUUGAUGGUAAGUACUGUAACUUCGUAAGUAAAGUUUUGUAUGAGAUUUCUAGGUGACUUUAAAAGCAAGGUGACUGUGCCAAUCGUCGUUGUUCACCACAACGUAUAUCAUUUUUUAUCUCUUCACUGUAGUAUAACAUACCAUAACUCACCAUGCUUGUUAUGAUGUUAAACCACACCAAAAUGGUGAGCUAGAUAAGUCUCUGGAACAAGCCUAUGUAAAAAUUCCUAUAAUAACACCAGAUCCUGGAAGCUGCUAUCUAGUGAAUAAGUUGAUGAUGACUGACUUACUCCUUAUAGAGAAAUAUAAUGUGUAAAGUCACCCUGAAUAGUACUUUAUCAGAUAAAUUUUCGAACAACGUGAACGCCUUUAGAAAAAUAGUCAAGAACCAAUUUAGUAAACACUUGGCGUUCAGAUUUGCAUCAUACUUACAGAAGUUUUACGUAGGUGCUUUUUUGGCACCGAUACUACUACUAAUACUUUGAUAUUGAACUUAAUAAUCUCAUCUCGUUGCGUUAAUGUUGUAUGGCAACUUGGGCCAGUGUGUACAUUUGCCAGAUUCUACAUUGCUUAUGAGUGAUUAAUCAGUAGACACAUUUUUACUGAAUUUAAAAACUCAUUUUAGAAGUAAAAUAAGCGUAAGUAGAAAGUGAAAAUUAGUGAAAUAUAUUGUGACAAAUUGUUUGUGAAGAAAAUAUGUGACUGAACUAGGGAAUACUAUACAUAACAUGCGUUUCUUAAUAAUUUUUAGGAGUCUUGUUUACGUAAGCACUUGUAAUGAAAUUUACUCCUUCAGAAUGCCGUGAUAGAUUCCGAUACGUGAUCUAUAAAUUGUAGAAACCAAACUGUUUCCUCACAUAAAACAAUUGAUCUUUUUGAGAAAUUUUGAUCGUACAAUAAGCGGACAAAGGUUACCAAGCUAAUGUAACAUAUUUGUGCAGUACAUCUCAAACAAUCUGAUCACACAUACUUGUUAGGACAUUUUUAUAUGAAAAAUAAAGGGUUAGCUAGACAACUAAAAGGUGAGCGAAUGCAAAUAAUCAUUCGUUACACAAAAACGUGAAAACCACACUGAAUAAUAAAUCACUAUUACCAAGGUAGGUUAAGGGUGAAAUAAAAUUGUUUUUGAACGCAUAAAGAGUUUCGGUUUUUGCAUAUCCAAGGAUUCACUAAACCUUGGUAUAUGCCCUUAAAUGCUUUUGUACAAAACUAUAAAGGCCGACUUGAUAUCAACCUAAUGAUCGGUCUCAACCAAAUGUUUGGCGAUGAAGAGAGAUGUUUGUCUAUCCUGUGAUCUUAUUUAACCAUUGGAAUUCAUUUGUUUUUACAGUCAUUUAGGUAUUUGUUCAGCCAUCCUUGCUUAGAGAUCACGGUUAUUAAUUAAUUUAAAAUAUAUAAAGGUCCAUAUUCAUCAUCUGGACCACAAAAGGUUCGCAAAAAGAAACAGAUGGCUCUGCUUAAGAAUGGGAUUAAAAAUUAGUGUUUGGAUAAGUUUUACAAAAUGAAAGUUGUUUUGUCUCAUUUUCAGAUCUAAUACUUUUUAAUGUAUAAAGUAAAAAAAUUUUGAGUUGAGUGGUCUCAUUUUUUUGAUGUAUGAAUUUGAAAACUACAUCUUUAAUAUGACCGACGCGACACAUCCAAUAACAUGAUGACAAAUAAGUUAUACACCGUAAGUGUCAGUAAGAAUCCGAAGUCAUUCAAAUAUACUAUGAACUUGUACCGGCUUACAAAUUCAUUCCAAAUGUAAUUCUCUUAGUGGUAUUAAGUGUAUGUUCAGGAAAAUUGUCAGACUAUAACGUUGCUCUAGCCUAUAAAAACUUUGAGAUUAUCUGUGUACGGAACAUUAAGUUUCACAGUUGUUGCGAAUAUUAUGUGAUGCUUCACAGUUGGUUACACUGCUGUGUGUACAUUCCUUCCUUACGUUUCUAUGACCACUAAAAAUGUAUUAUUGUUGGUCCAAUCAUGUUGGUAUUCUUUUUAACUGCUGUUUAAAGUAACUUUCACUAAUACUUUUGUGGUUUGGCCUCUUUGCUUACAUGUACUUAAUUUUCUCUUGGGAUACAAAUAAUGCAAUGUAAUUACAUAAGAAAUAGUGUGUGUGGUAUAUAAAGUAUUAAUUACUAUAGUUCAAUUAUUAUACCAUUAAGUGUAUUUAGUAUGAAUCGAGUUCAUAUAUUGAUAUAUAGUGUUUAUGUUGCUGAUUCGUCUAUUAUUAAAUGGAUGUUUACUUCUUAUUAGAUACAUUAAAUAUGUUUUCUACAACAUUGGUAGACUGAUUUCAUUUGAUAAACCCUCGGAUAAGAGUAUUACGGAGUCUAAAUUUCAGGAAGUCAUACUUAACACCUUAAUGAUAAUCUAUCCACUACGAAACUGUAAAUAUUUCUUGUCUAAUCUCGGAAAAGGUCGAUAAUUAUACUAAUCAUUACUUAUCCACUACCACAUACCUAUUUGUUGCUUCUUGAACGGAAAUCUGUUUGUAAUAAAAGCUACUGCCAGGACAGUAUUAAUUCUUAAUCACAAAAAAAUUACAUUUUGGUUUUUCCGCAAUUGAUUUUUCACUUAACAUAUAGAAUUUGUAUUAAAGUCCCUGUGUGAAAUACUCAUCAACAACUUUCCAAAAGAAAACACUCACAGUCUACUUCAAAAAAUUGGUUUCUCUGAUAUUAUGAUCGAAUCCUUGGAAAAACAGUUUCCCGGAGGUCACAACCACAUCAAACGUUUGAAAGUUGCCUUUGAAGCUUGGACUGGUUUUACUUUCGAAUAUGAAAAUUUAGGUUUAAAUAUAAAGUCUAGAGAAUCAUACUCUGGUCAACAACUAAGCGAUAGUAAGGAUUUUAACACAUCUGAUAUACUUGCUCAACCAGAUAAAAAAUUAUUGGUGCAGAAUCAAUCCCUGCAAUCCGAACUAUGUGAUACAAAAGAAUCUUUCAGCUCAAAUAACAAAAUACUCAAAGAAACAAAUUCAAAUUUGUAUAUUAAUUCACACAGGCUUUUACAUAUUGUACAUUUAAUUGGUUUGGACCAGUUACAUUCGAAACUUAUGCAAUACGUACUACGUGCUCAGCAAGUACGAUUUUGAACUGUUCAGUUAACUGACGAGAUUAAAUUUAUUCGAUUAUUUUUUGUUACUUUACUAUGUAUACAUUUUUUAAGAUAUCUUGUUUUCUUUGAAAUGAUUUCCUAUAAUGAUUUGUUUUAUUGCUAAUACUUUUAAAAUAUAAUCUAUCAUUUAGAUA